AGUUAUCUGUCUCAGCUCCUUGCAGUUGGUUAUUUAACAAUUAUGGCCCGUUUCAAACUUACCUUCUUCUUCAUUCUCUCGGUUCUCCUUCAUGCAGCUCUCUUGCUUCCUCAUAUGGUGCACUCUAAAGACGAAGAUGAGGACAAUCUUCUUCAAGGAAUUAACAGUUACAGGACAUCACUAAACCUUCCAGCUCUCACAAAGAAUGACAAAGCAGGAUGUCUUGCUGACGAAAUUGCAAAUGACCUAGAGGAUCAGCCUUGCAGCAGCAACACCACCGCCAGCACGCCUCAAUCAGCGAAUUACAACAACAACAUAAGGAAGUGUAAAAUUGAUCCCAACACCGCAACCGAUGGCGUCGUACUACCGGUUUGUGUACCCAAAUUGGUGCCAACCCUUGUGCUCACAAACUAUACACACACUCCGCAUGCAAGGUAUCUAAACAACUCGAAGUAUACCGGCGUUGGCGUCGGCUCGGGAGAUGAUUGGAUGGUUAUGGUAUUGUCUGGCAACACUGUUGCAGGAAGCUUUGCCAGCGAAGCAACUUCUUUGGUUUCAAAGAUGGGUUUGGGACAUCACAGCUGGAUGGCUUUGCUUUUGGGAUUGCUUCUUUAUUUGGUGUAUUACUAAAAGUGCUUUUUCCCUUUUGAAUGACUUGUAGAUUUCGUAAUUCUCAGUCUGUAAUUUUGUAUACUUCGUUUAAU